AUAAAUUAUUUAUUGUCUCAACAAGUUGGAAUAAAAUAUUUUUAAAAAUAAAAUAGUUGAUUAUAUCAGAAAGAACUACAUACAACAUGAAAUUAUUACAAAGAUUCAAUCAUCCUACCUCCCAAAUCUGUAGGACAGGAUCAAGGAAUUUUUCCAAAACUACCAAACUUUAUGCUGCUGUACCAGAUAACUGUAAACAACCAAUGAAAAAAUCAAGCAAGGUCCACUUAGAAGCAAAAAAAAGUUGCCAAAGCUUUCUAGAAUGUGGACCUUGUAGUAAAUUUAAAUAUAUGGAUAUUGUUUGCAAAAUUGCUUUGGUGACGGGAGGAGGCUCUAGUAUUGGUUUCGCUAUUGCAAAUGAACUAUUGUGUCAAAACGCCCAUAAAGUAUUAAUUGCCCAUCCUAAUGUCGAAAUUGGAAUUAAAGCUGUUGAAGCUUUGGAAAAUGUAUACGGCAAAGAUAAAGCCUGUUAUAUUCCGCUAGACUUCCAAAAAAGUGAAGAAUUUGAAGAAAUUUUCAAGAUAAUGCAUGGCAAAUUUGGAGGAAUUGAUAUUCUAGUCAACAACACGUGGCCACUCAACGAUUAUAAAUGGGAGCAUGAUGUUGAUGCCAAUCUAAAGAACAUCAUGAGAGGAACACUUGCAGCUAUGAAGUGGAUGCCUAAAGAAAGAAAGAGUAUGAAGGGAGGUAUUGUAGUGAAUGUAGCUUCAACAGGUGGCUUGGAUUCAGAAUCAAUGGCCCCAAUUUGGACUGGUACAAAACAUGGAGUUGUUGGACUUUCAAAAGCCUUGGGGUUUCAUGAACAUUUUCUAAGUAACGGAGUUAGAGUUGUAUGUCUCUGCCCUGGAAAGGACAAUCCCAACGAUCCCUUGGAACUUAAAGCGCCCGAUCAAGUGAAGCAGUAUAACCAAGGCGUAGUUCGUCAACCGCCUGGUAAAGUAGGCAGUGCUGUGACCUACCUCAUUCGGUAUGCUCCUUCUGGAUCAGUUUGGGUUGUUGAAAAUUCUACUCUUUUCAAAACCAAAAUUCCUGACAGAAAAACGUUUAGUAAAAUUGUGGAUUUGUUGUAGUUCUUGUAUGAAUAAAAUAUAAUCAACUAUUUCUUAG